GAUCCGUCCUCUUUGGUUUUCGGCAAGGGGGCGGAACGUGUAGUGAAUGCGCCCAAUGGGGAUCAGCGUCAUGGUGAUUGGCGGCGACGGGACCCAAUGGGCGCUGGUCCGUGAGAAGCAGGUGCCGGGCGGGGUGGAAGAGGCGUCUGGACUGCUGGUGAUGGGGCUGCUGACUAUUCUGAAGAAGAUGCGACAGAAGGAGCGGGAGCUGCGGCUCCUUAUGCUUGGCCUGGACAACGCUGGCAAAACAACCAUCCUGAAGAAGUUCAAUGGGGAGGAUAUCGACACCAUCUCACCCACACUGGGCUUCAACAUCAAAACCCUGGAGCACCGGGGGUUCAAGCUGAACAUUUGGGAUGUGGGCGGACAGACAUCCCUGCGCUCCUACUGGCGCAACUACUUUGAGAGCACUGACGGUCUCAUCUGGGUGGUGGACAGCGCUGACCAGCAGCGCCUGCAAGUCUGCAAGCAGGAGUUGCAGAGCCUCCUGGUGGAAGAGCGCCUGGCUGGAGCCACCCUGCUCAUCUUCGCCAACAAACAGGACCUGCCGGGAGCACUGUCCUCCAAUGCCAUCCGUGAGGCCUUGGAACUAGACAGCAUCAAAAGCCACCACUGGUGCAUCCAGGCCUGCAGUGCCUUCACUGGGGAGAACCUGCUGACGGGGAUCGACUGGCUCCUGGAUGAUAUUUCCAGCCGGAUCUUCACUGCGGACUGACCAUGCCCCAGACCUGGCCCCCUCCUUUGUGGGGGGCUGCAAGAGUGGGGGUGGGGCUGCAUCCAAGCUUUGAACAGAGUUCCCAGGACCAUGUGGCUGUUGUUUCCAUGGACCCUCCCAUCAUGCUUUCCUCCAACAGUCAGUCAUCGGGACAGCAACUCUCCUUGGACUCGGCCUAGAUCCCAGCUGCCCCCUGGAUUGACGCAUGGCUUAGUGCCCCUGGCCCGGGUCUUGUGCAUGUGUUUCAGGGUUUGAACCUCUAAUGCUGGCAAUCAAUUGGACCGAAAUGAUGGGGGAAGCAGAGGGACCAAGCCAUUUAUGGGGGGGGGGGCGGGGCGUAACUGAGACCCCAUCACUAGAGCACAAGGCCUGUUGAACUGUGUGCAUGAGUGGGACUGGCAGAGAGGGACUCUUUCCCACCUCACCCCCAAAAAAAGAAAGAAAACAACCCACCUCUGUAUAAAACAUUCACUCACAUUUUUCAUCUCCUGUGCUAAUAAAAUCAGUGGCCUGUGUCCUGGCUGUGCCUGGA